AUGAAAUCAAAACCAUUUUAGAUUACUAGUUCAAUUUUUACUUGUCCAAAUUCUCAAUUUUGGAAUGAAAGUGAUGUUUAAAUAACAAAAGAAAAUUUCAAAGAAGAUUAUUUUCUCUUUUUCUCGAAUAAAAAACAAACUUAUCUAAACAAACCUCUCUAAAAAGCUGGUUCAAUAAUUAGAAAACAAAAAAAAAAUGUAUCCCUAAUUUCAAUUAAUUCUAGGGUCUGUAUUAAUGGUGUGAUGUCAACAAUUCAAUAAUUGAGAUAAUCUAGAUUCAACAUGUAGGUUAAGGUUUGAGAAUAACGAAAAAUCAAUAAAGCAUUCAAUUCUAUGGAUACGUUGAUGCAUGGUUUAAGGAUUUAAAGAAAUUUUGUAUUCAAAAAAAAAUCAAUGAAUCAUAUAUUAUCAAUAAUAAAAUUGGAUGUGGAAGUUAUGCUGAUGUAUUUAAAUUUUAGAAAUAUCAAAUAGGUAUAUAAAGUUAUUCGAAAGAGUGAUAGCAAAGAGUUUGCAGCCAAAAUUUAUGAUAAAUCAUCUGAUAAGUUUGAUUCAGAAUGCAUUCUAAAAGAAAUAGACAUACUGAGAAAAAUGGAUCAUCCAAAUGUUAUAUAACUUUUAGAAACUUUCGAAACUUAAAAAUAUAUAUUUAUUAUAACAGAACUCUUUGCAUAUGGAAGUUUAGAUGAUAUAAUAACAAAGACGUCAUUUUCAGAAGAGGAAAUUUUAAAAGGAAUGUAUAAAAUAAUUGAUGCAUUAUCAAAUAUUCAUUAGAAAGGAAUUAUACAUAGAGAUAUUAAACCUGAAAAUAUUUUAUUUCGUAAACCAAAUUUAGAGGAUAUCUUAAUUUCUGAUUUUGGUUUAGCUGAUUAUUAUAACUCAGAAGGGUAAUAUUAAUAUUAAAGAUGUGGAACUCCAGGUAAUAUGGCACCAGAAAUUCUUAAUGAUUAACCAUAUGAUUAUAAAAUCGAUUCUUAUAGUGCCGGACUGAUCUUUUAUUAAAUGUUGAACUUGGGAAAAUCACCUUUUAUAGUGGAAGAUUAUGAAGAAACAUUAAUUAAAAAUUAAUUAGGAAUUAUUGAUUUUUCAGAAAUCAAUGUAUCACCAUCAGUAAAAGCUCUGUUGUAAUAAAUGUUAGAAGCUGAUCCUCAAAAAAGAUGUUCAAUUAAUGAUGCCAAAUUUAAUGUACUCUUUAAGAAAUUUAACAGAGUGACAAUUAAAAUUAAAAGAAAAAGACUUCAUUAAGAUUAAACAGUUUCUAGUUAUAGUCCUAGAAGUACUUCAAUUUAUUAGACUCCAUCUAAUUCUCCACCAAUUCCUAAAAAUCCUAAAUUUAAAAGUAUUGGUUUAAAUACUUUACAUUUACCAAAUAGAGUAAGAAGUUAAGAUAGCCAGCUAUUUCCUUCUCCAAAAUCAUGCAAUUCUGGAGGAAAUAGUGCUAAAACUCAAUCUAAAUAAAGAAAUCGAAAUUUUAAGAUUAAUGUCAAAAAUAGCAUUUAUCAAAGUAUCAGUUCUACUAAAGUAAUUUGA